AUGACAAUCAAAAAAUGCUCUUCCUUAUCUUCAAAAUCAAUUAAUAUUAACUCGAACUUAUCAAGAUUAUCAAUCUUAAUUUCAAUCAUACCGAAACUUACAACUGCCCUACCCAUUGCAAUUAUCCAUGAGCUUACAAAUAAAAACAAUGAUCUACAUUACAAUGAGUUUCUUGAACAGGAAACAGUCACAGUUGUCCCCGAAAGAUUCUACACAAAUGCUAUGAUCUCCAUUUUUCUCGUCUUUCUAGGUGGUAUCUUUGCUGGUCUAACCUUAGCCCUCAUGGGCCAGGAUGAGGUCUACCUCAAGGUCAUCUCAGAAUCCGGUGAUAUCUCUGAAAGGAAAAACGCUACCAGAGUCCUUAACCUCAUCGGAAAGGGCAAGCACUGGGUUUUAGUGACCUUGCUUCUCUCAAAUGUCAUUACAAAUGAAACCCUACCUGUUGUUCUCGACAGAUGUCUCGGUGGUGGUUUAGCUGCUGUCAUCAGCUCCACUGUCUUGAUUGUUAUCUUUGGUGAAGUCAUCCCACAGUCGGUUUGCGUCAGAUAUGGUCUUCAAAUCGGUGCUGCUUUUACUCCAUUUGUCUUGGGUCUAAUGUACCUUCUCUACCCAAUAGCCUACCCAACUGCUCUCCUUCUCGACAGAGUUCUCGGUGAAGACCAUGGUGUUAUUUACAAGAAAGCUGGCUUGAAAUCUCUCGUCACUUUGCAUCGAACCAUGGGUGUUGAACGACUCAAUGACGACGAAGUUACCAUAAUCUCCUCAGUUCUAGAUCUAAAGGAAAAACCUGUUGAAUCAAUCAUGACCCCCAUCGAAAACGUCUACACCGUUCCUGCUGAUCAAAUUCUAGACCAGAAAACCGUUGAGGAAAUCUUCAACAAAGGCUUUUCCAGAAUCCCCAUCUAUCUCCCAAACGAACCAUCCAACUUCAUUGGAAUGCUCCUAGUUCGUGUGCUCAUAUCCUACGAUCCAGAGGAUGCUCUCCCUGUCUCUGCCUUUCCAUUGGCCACUCUACCUGAAACGCCUCCUGGCACUUCCUGUCUCAAGAUCUUAAACUACUUUCAAGAGGGAAAGUCCCACAUGGUUGUCGUUAGUGAAAGUCCCGGUGAAACCACUGGUGCCAUUGGUAUAUUAACACUCGAAGACGUCAUUGAAGAACUAAUUGGUGAGGAAAUCGUUGAUGAAAGCGACGUCUUUAUCGAUAUUCACAAAGCCAUCAAAAGAGCACAGCCCGGUCCCUUAUCAAGACGCCAUCUAACUCAGUACUACCAUUCACUAUACACAACCUCAACAAGAAACUCCUUUGACGAAGGCAGAUUCAAUUUCGAUAAAAAUUUCGUUAACCCCAGCUCUAACACUAACACUAACGCUAAUAUUCAUUUGAAAUCACCAAUAAUUAAACCAAGCAAUUUGGCUAGCAAUCCACUACAAACUAGCAAGAAAUUCAUUUCAAUUAAA